CUAUCGAUGUAAUAUCGCAGAGUAUCCUGAUCUAGAAGAGGCUCAUUGUGAUAAGAUACUUACUCCGGAUGGCAGAUGGAUUUUUAAGCCAAAUACUUCUUUGGAAACUCAUCUUUAUAACGCAUCUUGUCGCAAUGCAUCUAGAAAUGAUUUUGUUAGUUUACUGACUGAUCGUCUUAGCGAAUGUGGUUAUAAUAUUAAUAUUGCCGAAGACUGCCCUUCUAUCGACUCAAACCUUACAGAAAAUAAUGAAGGCAAAGAAUUACUUUUACAGGUUUUGAGUGAUAUAGAAGCUUUGGAUAUUCGAGAAUGUUUAGAAAGAGAAGAGGAUAUAUACCCAGCCUAUAGACUUGCUUUGCAGAAAUACAAUCUCGCAUCUUUUUAUAGAAAGACCCCUGAAGAUAUAACUGAAGAUUUUGUAGAAAAAUAUUCCCAAAAAGAGAUGCGAAAU